UUUUAAUGACAUGGUGACGGAAGCAAAUCCCAAGAACUGUUUUCUUUGUGGAAUCCAACUUCUUCAAAUGAGCACUCAACUUACAGAUCCAAAACGUCACUCUUAAGCGCAUCCCUGCUAUAACAAACCCAUCAAACUAACCGAUCGCAUCAUCUUUACAAAAAAAGGAUUAUUGUUUGUUUGUUUUUUUUCCUUGGAAUUGAUGGGUUUUGUCAGUAAUGUACUGGGUUUUUGUGGAUUCGGAGUUGGGAUUUCAACGGGUCUUGUGAUCGGGUAUUUCCUCUUCACCUACUUCCAGCCUAACGAUGUCAAGGAUCCUGAAAUCCGUCCAUUGGUUGAACAAGAUUCAGAGACUUUACAAAGGAUGCUUCCAGAGAUACCGCUCUGGGUAAAAAACCCAGACUAUGACCGUGUUGACUGGAUAAAUAAGUUUUUGGAAUAUAUGUGGCCUUAUCUUGACAAGGCCAUUUGCAUGACUGCCAAGAAUAUUGCCAAACCCAUAAUUGAGGAGCAAAUUCCUAAGUACAAAAUUGAUGCUGUUGAGUUUGAAAAACUUACAUUAGGAUCUUUGCCGCCAACUUUCCAAGGUAUGAAGGUUUAUGUCACAGAUGAGAAGGAGUUAAUCAUGGAACCAUCAAUAAAGUGGGCUGGAAAUCCUAAUGUUAUUGUUGCUGUAAAAGCAUUUGGCCUUAAAGCAACUGUCCAGGUUGUGGAUUUGCAAGUGUUUGCUCUACCACGUAUUACCUUAAAGCCUUUGGUCCCAAGCUUUCCAUGUUUUGCUAAUAUCUAUGUGUCCUUGAUGGAGAAGCCCCAUGUUGACUUUGGAUUGAAGCUUAUAGGGGCUGAUCUCAUGUCAAUACCUGGUCUUUACAGGUUUGUCCAGGAGCUCAUCAAAAAUCAGGUUGCGAACAUGUACCUUUGGCCUAAAACCCUUCAAGUGCCAAUUCUGGAUCCAGCAAAAGCUUGUAAGAGGCCUGUAGGAAUUCUCCAUGUGAAAGUUGUAAGGGCAAUGAAGCUAAGGAAGAAAGAUCUUUUGGGUGCAUCAGACCCUUAUGUUAAACUAAGGCUAACUGAGGAUAAGCUUCCAUCUAAGAAAACCACUGUGAAGCAGAGGAAUUUGAACCCUGAAUGGAAUGAGAAAUUUGAUAUAAUUGUUAAAGAUCCUCAGACCCAGGCUUUAGAGCUUCAUGUUUUUGACUGGGAGAAGGUUGGCAAGCAUGAUAAGAUGGGAAUGAAUGUGGUUCCUUUGAAAGAACUUACUCCUGAGGAGCCAAAACUUAUGACCCUUGAACUCCUUAAAAAUAUGGACUUAAAUGAUGCUCAAAAUGAGAAGUCACGUGGGCAGCUUGUGGUUGAACUAACAUAUAAGCCCUUCAAAGAAGAUGAAAUACCAAAAACUUUUGAGGAGUCAAAAACAGUGCAGAAGGCUCCUGUGACUGCACCUGAUGGCGGAGGUAUGCUUGUAGUCAUUGUCCAUGAGGCGCAGGAUGUUGAAGGAAAGCACCACACUAAUCCAUAUGUGCGGAUUCUCUUUAGAGGCGAGGAGAAAAAGACCAAGUAUGUGAAGAAAAACAGAGAUCCAAGAUGGGAAGAGGAGUUUAUAUUUAUGUUAGAUGAACCACCUAUUAAUGAUAAAUUGCAUGUGGAGGUUCUCAGCAGUUCAUCAAGGAUGGGCCUGCUGCACCCAAAGGAAACCCUAGGUUACAUUGAUAUCAAUCUGUCAGAUGUUGUUAACAACAGAAGAAUCAAUGAGAGAUACCAUCUUAUAGACUCAAAGAAUGGACAGAUCCAGAUUGAGUUGCAAUGGAGAACUAAAUGAGCUCAGCGUUUCUUUCAUUUUUUAUAGCUUUACAUGUUGAAUUGAGGAUUAUAGCACCACAGGAAGCCAUUUCUUAAUUUGUCUUUCAGAUAAUGCAUCAUUCUGUUUGUUUGUUUUAUGUACAUGAUGAUUGUAAUAAUAGCACCAACAAACUGAGAAAAGGACGACUCAUUGUGUUUUUUUUGUUUUGGUUUGCUUUGUGAUUAGACAUGAUAAUUCGAAUGUUUGUGUUAUGUAAAAUAUUGAUAAUUC